UAUUGUUUUUAUGGAACCCGCUGCACUUUCUUGCUAAAAUAGGUUCAUGUUGGCAGUUGGCCGUGGCCGGUGAGCCUGCAGCUACGUAACGCUGAAGACAUGCCACGAGGGUAUUUUUGGCAGAAUAGUUUAUAAUGUCCCUGUUAGUUACCUUGACAAAUAAAUAAAAAAAGAAACAAAAUUGAGCGCGAGUGAAGAUCUGAUUUCAGAAUUUCUGAAACCGAAAACAGGAACAAGAAAAUCAGAUUCAGACAUACUCAAAUCAAAUCGCAAUUAAUUUUAUAUUAUAUUAUUCAUUUGAUUCAUUUUCAUCAAAAUUCAAUGAGAAAUCUCCUGUACAGAAAGAAGAUUGAUGGAAUUUAGGUUGAAUUUGUUAUGAGAGAGAAGAUGUCUAGUAAUAACAAUAGUGGUAAUGAGGAAGAACAUAAGAUUCUAAUUAGGUCAAAUUCAUCAUCUUCUGAACCAGAUUUAGAAGUAGUACAUGGGGGAUCAAAGAAAAAAGGUUUAACUGAUUUAUUAAACAAAUUAGAUCGAAGAUUUUCUGGUAGAAGAUUGAGUGCAAAGAAUUUAGAUAGUAAUAAUAAUAAUAGGGUUCAAUCUACAUCAUCAUCUUCACCUUUAGCAUCAUCAUCGUCUUCAGCAUCAAAUCAUGAUCCUCUUGCUGAUGGUGCUCCACCUGAAUGGGCGUUGCUUUUAAUUGGUUGUCUUCUUGGUCUUGCUACUGGUCUUUGUGUUGCCGCAUUCAAUCAUGGGGUUCAUGUCAUACAUGAAUGGGCUUGGGCAGGUACUCCAAAUGAAGGUGCUGCUUGGCUUCGGAUACAAAGACUAGCUGACACAUGGCACCGGAUACUGUUGAUACCUGUUACAGGAGGAGUUGUUGUUGGCAUGAUGCAUGGAUUAAUUGAAAUAUUUGAACAAAUAAAUCAGUCCAGAUCUUCACCAAGAGGAAGCUUUGAUUUGCUUGCUGGAGCAUUCCCCACAAUAAAGGCAAUUCAAGCUGCAGUAACUUUAGGUACUGGUUGUUCCUUAGGUCCUGAAGGUCCAAGUGUGGAUAUAGGAAGAGCGUGCGCUAAUGGAUGCUCUGAGUUGAUGGAAAAUAACAGAGAAAGAAAAAUAGCUCUCAUUGCUGCUGGCUCUGCUGCUGGCAUUGCUUCAGGGUUUAACGCAGCGGUUGCUGGUUGCUUCUUCGCUAUAGAAACGGUUUUAAGGCCUCUUCGUGCAGAAAAUUCCCCUCCUUUUACAACUGCAAUGAUUAUACUGGCAUCUGUUAUAUCAUCCACUGUCUCAAAUGUCUUACUUGGAGAGAGACCAGCUUUUAUAGUGCCUGCCUAUGAACUGAAAUCUGCCGCUGAACUGCCUUUGUACCUGAUACUAGGUAUGUUAUGUGGAGUAGUAAGUGUGGUGUUCACUCGCUUGGUAAAUUGGUUCACCAAGUUGUUCGAAUAUAUUAAGGAGAGAUUUGGCCUUCCUCCUGUUGUCUGCCCUGCUUUAGGAGCGCUAGGAGCUGGUAUAAUAGCUCUCAAGUACCCAGGAGUUCUGUACUGGGGUUUCACAAAUGUUGAAGAAAUCCUACACACAGGAAAGAGUGCUUCAGCACCUGGAAUCUGGUUACUAACUCAACUGGCCGCAGCUAAAGUUGUGGCUACCGCUCUGUGCAAGGGGUCUGGGCUCGUAGGUGGCCUUUAUGCUCCAAGCCUAAUGAUCGGUGCUGCUGUUGGUGCUGUCUUUGGGGGUUCCGCUGCAGAAAUUAUUAAUUCAGCUAUUCCAGGAAAUGCCGCUGUUGCCCAGCCGCAGGCUUAUGCUCUGGUUGGGAUGGCUGCUACACUGGCUUCAGUUUGUUCAGUUCCCUUGACAUCAGUGCUUCUUUUGUUUGAGCUGACAAAAGAUUAUCGUAUUUUGCUUCCUCUCAUGGGAGCAGUUGGACUAGCAAUAUGGGUCCCAUCUGUUACAAACCAACCCAAGGAGAGUGAGGCAUCUGAACCGAGGGGUGCAUCACGAGGUUAUUCUUCCGUUUCUCCCACUGAAGACAAACAUGAGGACAUUUGGAAGCGGGAUGUUGAUGGGAAUGGUCUGGAACUCUCUGUUAUAGGAACUACUGAAGAUAUGCUUUUGGAUGAUCUGAAGGUGUCUCAGGUCAUGUCAAAAAGCUAUGUGAAGGUUGCAGCAGCAAUAUCAUUGAAAGAGGCUAUAAAACUUAUGGAUGACGAGCGACAGAGGUGUGUCCUUGUUGUAGAUGCUGAAGAUCUUCUUGAAGGAAUUCUUACACUAGGGGAUAUUCAGAGACAUGUGCCAAAGAUGUAUGGUGAUGCAACCAACAGCGGUACACUUUUGGAUGUGAAUAACUGUGUUGUGUCUUCUGUCUGCACCCGAGGAAUACAAUAUCGUGGGACCGAACGUAGCCUUUUAACUUGUUUCCCGGAUACAGAUUUGGAGACUGCAAAGGAACUAAUGGAGGCUAAAGGAAUCAGACAGUUGCCUGUUGUUAAACGUGGUGGUGACCCCAGAAGGCGGAAACGAAGAGUUGUUGCCCUUCUUCAUUAUGAUUCAAUUUGGCGCUACAUCAGAGAGGAGAUUGAGCACCGCAAAUCAACUCAGCAGCAGAGGAAAGAUCUUGGGGAGAGAACAGUUAGUGCUCAUUAAGUGGUGUAAAAGCUUACUCCUAACUUGGUAUUCAUGAUCGCUUGAGGAUUGGAAUUUUAAGAGCCGUCGGAGCUACUGUUUUCGGGGAGUUUCAGCCUAUUCCGGGAGAUCAACCAUAAGAAACUAUUGCAACUAUUCAUUUUUGGGAGUGUCACUUUACUCCCAGAGUUCAGCUAUAAGAUAUCAUUACAUCUAUUCAUUUUGGGGAGUUCAGCCUUUCAAGAGCAUAUGAUAGUGCUGUUACAGGUGUACUACAAGUAAGGUUUUCAUUCAGAUAUACAAGCUCAAUUUUCUGGUAAUUUUUACAUUUUCCAUGGCUUCUGUAUAUUUAGUACUAGAAAACUGUAAAUUUAAGUUUUUAUUUUUAUUUUUAUCAAGCUUAUAGUUAUAUACCAUAUGUAUACAUAGAAGACUAAUAUGAAGAGUUAAAAUUGAGCCAUUGGUGAGCAUUUUUCCUUCUUGCA